UCGCAAGUCUUAUCAUAUAUACUCGGCCUCGCCGCCAUCUCAACUACCCCACCACCACCCACGGGCAGCCGGCGGUAGCGCUACGCCGCCAACACAAGCUCGCGCGCCGUGCGGGGAAAUGGCUUCCCUCUGGGUCGUCGUCGCGGCGGCGCUGCUGGUCCUCGGGUGCGCGAGCAGCGGCGCGACGGCGCGGCCGCUGGUCGGCGCGGCGGCGGCGAAGCAGCCGCUGCAGACGUCGCGGCCGUACAACAUCGCGCACAGGGGCUCCAACGGCGAGCUCCCUGAGGAGACGGCGGCGGCGUACAUGCGCGCCGUCGACGAGGGCGCCGACUUCAUCGAGGCGGACAUCGUGGCCACCAAGGACGGCCACCUCGUCUGCUUCCACGACGUGACCCUGGACGACACCACCGACGUCGCCGACCACAAAGAGUUCGCCGCCCGCCGCCGCACGCUCCAGGUGCAGUGGGCCAACGUCACCGGAUACUUCAUCACUGAUUUCACGUUGGCCGAGCUGAAGACGCUGCGAGUGAAGCAGAGAUGGUCAUUCCGUGACAAAUCUCACGAUGGCAUUUCUCCCAUCAUCACCUUCGACGAGUUCAUCGACAUCGCGCUGAACGCCAAGAGGGUCGUCGGGAUCUACCCGGAGAUGAAGAGCCCCGUGUUCAUCAACCAGCACGUGAAGUGGGCGGACGGGAAGAAGUACGAGGACAAGUUCAUCGCGACGCUGAAGAAGUACGGGUACGGCGGCAAGUACAUGACGAAGCGGUGGACGGAGAGGCCGGUGUUCAUCCAGUCCUUCGCGCCGACGUCGCUCAUCUACGCCGCCGACCUGACCGACUCGCCCAAGGUGUUCCUCAUCGACGACGUGACGGUGCGGACGGAGGACACGGACCAGUCGUACGAGGAGAUCACCUCGGACGAGUACCUGGACUACAUGAGGGAGUACGUGGUCGGGAUCGGGCCGUGGAAGGACACGGUGGUGCCGCCGACCAGGGACAACACGCUGACGACGCCCACGGACAUGGUCGCCAUGGCGCACGCCAGGGGCCUGCAGGUGCACCCCUACACGUACCGGAACGAGAACCGCUUCCUGCACUACAACUUCAGGCAGGACCCCUACGCCGAGUACGACUACUGGCUCAACGACGUCGGCGUCGACGGUCUCUUCACCGACUUCCCCGCCAGCCUCCGCCGCUUCCAGGACUGGACCGCCGCCAAGAACUGAUCGGCAAACCACACAUGAGUACGUGAAUACGUAGCCACAGACAGGUUCAGAUAGGUUUCUCUCUUCUCCUUGGGUUGUUCACGGUUUCGCGCCGUGAGAUAAAUUGAUCUCAGGAUUGGAUUUUGCAUUGGCAAUACAUGGAAUGGAUUCGUUA